UCAAAAUGUCACGAAAUAAUUUAUUAUAUUAUGUGAUAUAUUAUAACCAAUUAAGAUCAUGAUUAUUUUGUUAACUUCGUCACAAAAUAUAUUCGUUUACAGCGGAUAUGUUUAUACAAGAAUUUAUUUAUAAUUAUUAGAUCCACGAUAUAUUAAUUACUCGUAAUUUUUAGUUUUAAACAGAAUAUAUUUAUUUUUCGAACUUAUUAUUUGAGGUUAGUUUUACUUUUAUACGUAUGUUAUGUAUUUCGGAAGUUUGAUAUUGAACCAGUUAGUAUCAUAGGCACGUUGUUGUUUCUCCGAGUAUAACGUAAAAUUUACUAUCAUAAACGUUACUAUCGUUAAUUAAACAUAUGAGAGCGUGAUCGAAGCAUCAUAUUUAAUAGGACUAUAGAAAGAAUAUUUUGUUUUAACAUAAGGAAUCUGUACGGUGUGAUACAAGGCACACCAAAUUGUAGAACUAGAAUUUGAGGUUAGGAUCAUUUAAGAGUAUAUUUUCUCGAGAUAUAAAUAUGCCUACUUGGAAUCAGAUUCAAGCUCAACUGCGCAAUCCAAAUAAUCCAGUAGUAUUUUUUGAUGUAUCUGUGGGUACAACAGAAAUUGGUCGUAUGAUUUUUGAGCUUUUUGAAGAUGUAUGUCCAAAGACUUCAGAAAACUUUCGACAAUUUUGUACCGGAGAGUAUAGAAAGGAUGGCGUACCAUUAGGAUUCAAAGGUGCUAUAUUUCACAGAGUAAUUAAAGACUUCAUGAUACAAGGAGGAGAUUUUGUAAAUGGUGAUGGUACAGGAGUAAUUAGUAUCUAUGGUGGUGGAACUUUUCCUGAUGAAAACUUUACAUUGAAACAUGACUCGCCAGGAUUACUUUCCAUGGCAAAUAGUGGAAAAGAUACUAAUGGUUGCCAAUUUUUUAUUACAUGCGCUAAGUGUAAUUUUCUAGACGGAAAGCAUGUGGUUUUUGGAAGAGUGAUAGAUGGUUUAUUGGUCAUGAGAAAAGUAGAAAAUGUUCCUACUGGACCAAAUAAUAAACCAAAGAUACCUGUAACGAUAUCUCAAUGUGGUCAGAUGUAAAGUGAACUUUUUUAUUAUUUAUAAAGACUGUUGUCCAUAACAGAUUUAAUAUUAUCAAAAAAAAAAACAAAAAAGAAAAGAAAACAUUUUACUAUCUAAAGGAUACAUAACUGAAAAUAUAUUUUAAUACAAUUUAUACAAAUUGUAUCAUUGACUUCAA